AUGGAACUUUCAGAUCAGCAAGUUACUGAAUCUUCCAUGUCGUUAGAUACAAAUUUUUUACAAGUUUCAUGCAACUGGCAAAUUAACAAUAACAAACAAUUUCAUGAUACAUUCACAGUGAAAAUUUCGUCUUUAGAAUUUAAGAAAACUAACUUUGAAGACAUAGUUUCUUUGAGUACAUGUAUAUCCGUACAACCAACAGAAUCUAAUAAUGAACCAUGUAUGCUAGAUAUAAAAUUAACAAAUGGUCAAAGAAUCUCUCAGAUCGCUGUAGUUUCUGAAGCUUAUGUAUUAGAGUUUUUUAAACAGUUUGGAGAAUAUGAAACAACAAAGUUUGCAGAAAUUGUAGAUGAAUUUGAGGAUAAUUCAGUUUACUUUGCAGAAACAACAAUUCUUCCACAUGCUACAGAAGCUAGCAUUAAGUUUACAAAAACAAGAAGCAAAAAUUCAGUCAUGUGGAUAUAUGGUAUAAAGCUGUAUCUCACAGAGUCAAUUAUCGAGCCUAAAAAUUUUUCAACAGAAAUCUUUAAUCCUGAAAUAAUGACAAAUUUUUUAACUAAACUAGUUUUUAAUAAUGAAGGGAGCAAUACCACAAAUGAUGUUCAAUCAUGUUAUAUGAAUAUCUUGAAUUCAACAAAAAAUAAAAGUAUUCAAAAAAAUAAUGAAAAAGGAAUGACGAAGUUAACAGAUGAAAAUACUGUAUCAAAUAAUGUGGAUGUUGUGACAUAUAUUGAUAAAAAAUUUGAAGACAUAGAGGCAAGACUAAUGAAAAGAAUUGAUGAAAUGGAACAAAAAAUAAAUCAGAAACUUGAUACUAUUUUAAGACAAUUAGGAACUCAAUGUGGUGCCAAGUGA